AUGGAGAACCGAGCAUCAGUGCAACACAGACAAAUCGAGAGUGCUGUUGUCUGUCACAUGCGUAAAAUGGAGUCGUUCGACACUGAAACAUUUAUUAUGGCAAUUCAGAACCGUCCUGUAAUAUGGGACUCGCGUCUUCCCGAGUAUUCAAAUAAGAUUGCAAAAAGAAAGGCAUGGGAAGAGAUAAAUGAAAUAUUUGAUCCAGAAUUUGGAGAAAAAACAAAUAAAGAGAAGAAUGCUUGUGCUAUUGAACUCCAGAAAAAAUGGAAAAGUUUAAAAGAUUGCUUUAACAGAGAACGGCUAAAGGAAAAAAAUUGUUCCAGUGGGUCCGGGGCUAAACCCAGAAAACAAUAUGUUUACUAUAAAUUACUGACAUUUUUACAACCUUUGACCGAAAUCAGACCGCCAAGUCGACCUACAAUUACUGAGGAAAACGACUCCGAAAGCUGUUUAGAAUCUUUUGUUAUUCCAAAAUCAAAGAAACUUAAAACAAGUGAUGGCGUUGAUGAUGCACAAAACAAAUUAUACGAAAUUCUAACUGAGAAAUUGAACAAAGUCACGCCCACCAUUCAACAUCCAGAUCAACAUUUUUUACUUUCGCUUUUUCCACAUUUUAAUUCUAUAAAGGAAGAAUAUAAACUCGAUGCGAAAGCUGAAAUGAUAAAUUUGCUUCGCAAAUAUAACAAUAUGGCACAAACGUCUGCAUACACCAGUCACUAUGGAUAUCAGUCUGGAUACCAAAGCUGCGACACAACUCCUGCUCGUACAAGCAAUGAAUGUAGCGUGUCGCAACUGAUAAAUAGCUACCAGUCGCCGCCAACACCUGCUGGUGCCGAUGUCAAUACUGCAGGUAGUUCAUUGCAACAUAAUGAUAGUGAAUUUAAUUACAGUAAUGAUGAUUCUACACAAGAUUCUAUUAUCACAAACCUAUAUUCGCCGUAAUGUAAAAAGUAAGAAAUUAAAACCUGUUUAUGAUUAAUAUUGAAUUAU